UCGGUUUAGCUUAUAGCGUUCCUGGUCUGGGGCUUGGCUUCGCAACACAGACAUCUGUGUUCCGUUGGAGGACGUGUCUGUGCAUCUUCAGAGGGAUGAUUAAUGUAUCGAGCUGCUGCCGAUUGUCUAGUGAUGCUGGAAGGCAAGUGCAUGCAAUAUGGCUUGGCGACGGUCGGCUUGUCAAGAGCUUCCGCUUCACAACGCCUGCCUUUGCCGGCCACCACAUCCACCUUCCGCACUCAUGGUCGCCAAAAGUCUCAACAUUCGCGGAGAUGCUCCUGUAGCAUCCCCUGCUCCUCGAUAUGCACUUUCCGUGCGUUUCGAGGCAGUGUUACGCUUGCAGGCCGAGGGCGAGGGUGUGAAGCGCUCAGUCACUUCCGUGUCCACUUUCCGCCGCACUCUUCCACCGCCAUCGCCGAACAGGAUAGCAACACCUAUUGCUUGUCCGGGUAGCUCGAGGCAGCUCCGGUAA